AUGCUGCGGACCCAAUCAAUAGUAUUUGUUAGGUUUUCAUCCAUUGGUGUUUCUAGAAAUGUUGCCAGAGACGAGUUUGCUCCUGUGUAUUCUCCUCUGCCAAAGUACAUUUCCCGCUAUGUCGAUUUUGCCCGACUCAAGUUUGAUUCGAAGAGUCCCUUGACAGAUGCAUUUUGGGACCACAAAUUGCAGAUCCUUACAAAACCUGACAGUUCCUUGAUUCCUCAGCAAGCCCGCCGAAUCAAGCCUCCUACAAAAUUUACAGAUGCGACAGCAUUGGAAAAUUACGCUACAUAUCUGACCUGUGCCAGGCCGUCUCCCAAAGAGUCCCCCACGGUAUUGAAUAUUCUGUAUCAUGAGGUCCUGAAGGACGAGAAUUUGCCACUAUUAACUGAUCAGACAGUUGAUAAGCUGCUCUCGUUCCUUCACAGCUACAAUCAUUGUGCAACAAUGCUCAACCUCAUUUUCAACAUGGCUCCCUCGGUAGGAAUUGAACCUCGCAUGAAAUGGGUGAAUCUCGUGCUUAACUCAGCUACCCAUUUGGACAAGCAGUCAAAGGAGCGAAUUGUUGACGCAUGCGUGGACAAGAUCAUUGAAUACGAUCUGGACCCGACGCUGGCUUCGUGGACAAGUCUAUUGAUGCUGCUCCCCAAAGAGUCAGCUAAAGAGUAUCUGCACAGCAUGCUGCAAGUCAAGAUUCCUCUUCAGAGAAGCAUCUGGCAGGUAUUGAAGAUUAAAGAGAAUGAGCUGCGUACAUCCCAGCAGGCGAUUGAGUUUCUGAGGCAGUACCCGGACUCGUUCUGCCAGCUUUCGGGUAGUAUUCAUCCAGUCAAUUAUAUCCGGAUCUACUCUUUCUAUUACAACCUCGACUGUCUGAUCAAAAGUGUUGACGUCUUUCAAAUGAGACGGCCGCUCAAGUUCUCCCAUCUCCAACAGCUUAUUGUUCAGCCGGCGCAUAAAGGUGAGAUGUAUAAGUCGAUCUCUAUGCUCGAGUAUUUCCACUCCAAAUGUCCUAUUUCUUUAUCGAAAAGAAAACUCGUGUACAACAAGCUUUUGAAGCUACACCUACAAUCGCUGGGUUCUCACGAAAAUUACUACACUGUCCUCAAAUUCCUAUAUCACAAUAGUCAGCAGCACGAAGCUUUCCGUAACAUGAUCCGAACUGCCUUAAAACAUCGAAACGCUGAGCAUCUUUACCCAGAAAUGAUUCGGCCAUGUCCAGAGCUGUCAAAUGACAUUAUCUCCAACCUCACUUGGACGCAACCGAUCACGAAAUUGGAGGACAACACUGUCAGCUACCAAAAAUACGCACGAUUAUUUAUAUAA